AUGGACCAGUUCAAGGUUCGAUCCAUUGACCUGCAACAGACACAAAACCAGAUCCGGCACAAGACUGACGGUCUGAGCUCCAGCACGCUGGUUCUGCGGAGAGGACAGGCCUUCACAGUGACCAUCAACUAUGAAGGACGACCAUUUGAUCCAGUGAAGGAAAAACUGAUCUUCCAAAUUGCUUUAGGUCCUCUGUCUGUGGAGGUCCCGGUCUCCUCGUUCGGACAGCCCUCUCUGACUCAAUGGAGUGCCUUCCUGGAGAGGCGUGUACUGAACCCAACUGGACCCCGUGUGCUGUCUGUAUCACUGUCCAGCCCUGCGUCUGCUUCAAUCGGCAUCUACACGCUCCAGCUGAGGGUCGAGGCCCGCCUGAAUGUCAAAACACACUCCCUCGGCCAGAUCACGCUCCUCUGCAACCCCUGGUGCCAAACUGAUUCGGUGUUCCUGCAGGCGGAGGAUCUGAGGAAUGAAUAUGUUAGGAGUGAUAUUGGCCUGCUGUUUAAAGGCAGCCCUGGUAAUGUGGUCUCCAGACCCUGGUCGUUCGAUCAGAAUGAAAAGGGGAUACUGGACAUCUGUAUGAAAUUGCUGCAGUUGAGUCCUCAAUAUCAAGCGGACAUGAGAACAGAUCUGCAGAACCGCAGCAGUCCGGUUUACAUCGGCCGUGUGAUCUCAGCGAUGGUGAACUCUAAUGAUGAUAAAGGGGUGUUAAUGGGAAACUGGUCAGGUGACUACAGCGGUGGCAUCAACCCUUCACAGUGGUCCGGCAGCGCAGAUAUUCUCAGGAAGUGGGCAGAAACACAAUUCAGGGCUGUGAAAUACGGACAGUGCUGGGUGUUUGCUGCUGUCAUGUGUACAGUAAUGAGAGCCCUUGGCAUUCCGACUCGAGUCAUCACCAACUUCAACUCCGCUCACGACUCAGACGGGAACAUGGUGAUCGAGGAAUAUUACAAUGAGAUGGGAAAAAAGCUGUCUAUGAGCAAAGAUAGCAUCUGGAACUUCCAUGUUUGGGUGGAGAGCUGGAUGAAGAGGCCUGAUCUGGGUCAAGGUUAUGACGGAUGGCAGGUUCUCGACGCCACGCCACAAGAGAAGAGCGCAGGAAUUUUCCGCUGUGGUCCUGCUGCUGUUAAAGCCAUUUAUCAGCAGAAGGUGGACGCUCAAUAUGACGUGCCAUUCGUUUACGCAGAAGUGAAUGCCGAUGUGCGUACAAUAAUCAUCAAAGACAGGAAGAUAUUAUCAAACAGCAUUGAUAAAAAAAGAGUUGGAGCCCUGAUCGCCACCAAACGUCCAGGAUCCAUGCUUAUGCAGGACAUCACGUCUGAAUACAAAACUGAGAAGGAUAAACUCCCAUCUAGUGCAGAUGCUGGUCACAUAAGACAACCUGAUCGAGGUGGAGGAGGUGGAGGUGGAUUUUCCGGAUCUUACUCUUUUCGAGGCAUGGAAAGUGAAGCUUCUAAGGGCACUGCAGUUUCUCUCCAGCUUCUGAAAGCCCCUGUAGUCGGAGAAAACAUUUCUUUCAAUGUCAUAAUCGCUAACAAUGCGGCCACUCCAAAACUGCUGAAAAAACACGUGAACGCUCAGAACAAGGAGUACAACCGCAAUCCCACUGGAACCUUCUGGGAGGCUCAUGACGACGUGAAGAUCGGCCCGAAAGAAACUCUGACUAUAAAACACGAGAUCUCCUUCAAAGACUACAUGCUGAAGGAGGCUGCGGAGGAUUUUAUGGUUAACCUGGCAGUGGUUAUAGAGGAUGUGGAGUCUCAGGAGAGAGUGCUGGCAUCUGAAGAGUUCAACAUCCGCAGCCCUGCCCUCAAUGUACAGAUUCAGAAUGAGUUCUCGGUCAUCAUCAACACACCACAAGUUGCCACGGUGACCUUCACAAACCCGUUCAAUGCUGCAGUGAGCGGCGAACUGACUGUAUCCGGUUCAGGACUCUUGGAAGAGAAGGCUCAAAUGACGAUUACGAUCCAGCCUCGAGAAACCAUGAAGAGGCCCGUAAAUUUCACUCCCAGGAUGGCAGGUUCCAAGAUGCUUUCGGCUAGUUUAGUGCUGACAAAUCCACCCACCGUCCUCCACGGAUUCAAGACCAUCAAUGUUCAAGCAUCUUAG